UACAUUAUUGAUAAUUCAAUAUAACGUGUGAUCUUAUUCGUAAUCUUUUACAAUUUUUUCUGCGUAUCAGUUAACCGGAAAAAAAUACGGUUAGUUCAAUAUGGUGGAUCAUUUUUGAUAUGCGCACUGUUUUCUAUUAUGUUUUAAAAAACGAUCAACUAAAACAGUCGACGUGUGUUCUAUAACAAUUUACGUUUACUUGAAAUGAAUUGUCAUCGCAACGACUACACAUUUUGCGAAAGUCACGCGUAUGUUGUCUUUACAAAAUGUAAUUACUGUAAAAAUAAAAUAUUGCAUCAUUGAUGUGAGUUGUCAAGUUUUAUUGUCAAUCUUUCAUAAAACUGCUAUAUAUUGAUAUAAAGUUGUGACAAGUUCACAGCACUAUUAACAAUAUUCAUGAUAGUACGCUAUAAUUAUUAUGUACUUUGAAGUGGAAUCUCCACAGAAAUAUCCAAUUUCAAGCAUGAAUAAGUCAGUGGAAGAUUUAUUAAUCUCUAGUCGCGAAGUAGUUACUAACAUAAAUUCUGCUGGAUCUGAAAAUCAAAAUGCAGCAGUAAAUAGAGGAAAUGGUAUAUCCGAAAAUACACAAGAAUCAUUAACCGGAACAGGUGGUGAACAAUGUAGUCCUGUUUCAAGUCCUAAUUUGUCUCCACGUCCUAGUCCAAAAGCACGUAAUAAACGAGAUCAUUCUAAAUUAUGUAGUGAUUCAGCGACUAAAGAAUCUAACAAUGUAAAUAAAUUGGAUGAACAUCAGUUACAUGAUACAGCAAAUAAAUCGUCAGAUUCUUCUCAAGCUUUAAAA